GCUUGAAGAGGCGGGCUUCACGAGUUUCAAGCAGGUGGAAGCCGGCGCAGAGUCAUCCGGAGAGGCAGGCGGUGUAGGCGACGCGGCGAUAAGAUGGACGAAUGUAAAUGGCAUUCCGAUACCCACACUCGCAGCCUUUAUGGGAACGUCUCGCGAAGAGUGAACUUACACUGAAUGCAACGACGGACGCACGAAUCGGCCACGCUCGCGCAACGAAUGUAACUCGUCCUCCGGACGAGUGCAGAACCACGGCCAAGAAUCAUGUCGACCACGUCUCCUCGAGCAGCGAAACAAGAGAGCACCAGCGCAACGACUUCCAUGAGAUCUUUACAACAGGCAUGCGAGACCUGGGGCGUUAAACUACAAGGCGUUUUAUGGGCAGGCGUAGAAGCAUAAGGGCCGUACUUCGUCAUUUUUUCGGCACUCUGCGUCAUGAUAAAAUUGAGGGGCCACGGUCUUUGUAGCAUGGGACCCAUUCAUUGAAUGAAUAUUGGGAUCUGGACUGUAACCCGGGAUCUGCUCUUGCGAUAGGGAAGCUUCAGCAUCAAAGCAUAUCACGCAGCUGCGCAACAUGAAGCGUGUUUAGAUAUCAGCUUGCAUUGCCUUUUGAAUAUACACACUUGAGCAAGCCUUUU